AUGAAUUCCCAAAAUGGAACAAAAACACAACGUCUACCCACAGUAUACUUCAGCUCCAUCGUCACUCCAACCUCCAUGGAGCGCAAGACCCUAAAAUUCGAUGCCGAAUUCGAGAAAUGGCGUGAGCCAGUCAAGGACAAGAUGCGUCUACCCAAGUUUGAAUCGAUAGAUGAUUUCCGGAAUUACAGCAACCUCUCUAUGGGAGCUGUGUUAUCACAACUUCCGCUGCAAGCCGGUAUCAUCAAAACCGAGUGCAAAUGCAUUUCUCAUGACGGCGCUGAAGUUAGGAUCGAUCGCUUCGCCACCGCGGAACAGAUGGCAGCCCAACAGACGCCACAGCCAGCGGUAUUGUUCUUCCACGGGGGUGGCAUGGUCGUCGGAAGCGUCGGUUUAUUUGCGCCAUUCAUAUCUAUGCAAGCGUUCGGUUCAGGAGUUCAGUUCUUCGCUACUGAGUACCGGCUUGCGCCAGAACAUCCGGAUCCGACACCGGUCGAAGACUGUUACGCCUCUCUGAAGUGGCUGUCAACACACAGCGCGGAGCUCGGUAUUGACCCAUCGCGUAUCGCUGUUAUGGGCGAAAGCGCGGGUGGUGGUCUUGCUGCAGGCACGGCACUCAUGGCCCGUGAUCGAGGCUUAGAACCUCCAAUCAAACAGCAGAUCCUCAUGUACCCCAUGCUUGACGACAGGUCCCUCAAUGCGCCAUCUGCCGCUGACCUAGACGAAUUUGUGUAUUUCCCGCUUCACUUGAGCAAGCUUUGUUGGGAGUGCUACCUGGGCAAGGAUAAAGCAGGUAAAGAGGAGGCGGACGUGAGUCCAUACGCAGCUCCGGGACGCGCGAGCAGCUUAAAAGGGCUGCCGAGCACGUAUAUGGACGUCGGUGGGUUAGAUCUGUUUAGGGACGAAUGCGCAAUGUAUGCGGCACGAUUAGCGGCGGCCAAUGUCCAAGUCGAAUUUCAUCUGUUCCCGGGACUGACCCAUGGCUUCGAAAGGGCUGCCGAGGUUCAUGGUGUCAAGAUGGCCGUUGCAGGACGGAUGCGAUGGAUAAAAGACUUGUGA